AUGAUCAGAAAUCCGAAUUACACAAGCUUUGUUUGCUGUGCUGUUUGUAAUAAAAUAAUUCCACCAGCCCCCUUUGGGGAAACCUUCAAAUGGAUCCAUGAAUACAAGCCAUUUAAGACACGUUUUUACACUCACAAAGAUAUACUGGAUAUUGGGGCAGAUAUUCUGAAUAAAGAAGAGCAAUUUCAAGAGGCAGUACUCAAAGAACGUAUUGCAAAAGCAGAAGCUGACGUAUGGGUUCAGGCUGAUGAACGUCAAAAACAGGCAAUUGAGAAAGCACUUGAAGAAGCAAAUGGCCAAUACAAAAUUAAUAUUCAGAUUCUGGAAGAGGCACACCAAAAAGAUUUACAGGAAAUGGCAACCAAAACCAAGAUUGAGGUGUACCAAAACAUGGAAGAUGAACUACAGAGAGAACACUUGGCUGCAGAACAACGCAUGGUACAUAGAAUCCAAAGGAUUAUGAUGGAGUGCCACAGGGAGAAGGUCCAGGCUGUGGAGAAGGCCAGGGCUGAAGAGAGACAGAUGGCCCAAGAAGCAAUCCAGGCCCAGAAAAGAAAAGCCAUGGAGGAAGUUUUGAAUACUGGUAUAACAGUUAUGAAGGAUCAGAGCAAGAGUGUGAACCAAAUGAUAAAAGAAAAAGAACAUGAAAUGAAUGUGUACUAUUGCAUGGCUCAGAGGCAGAAGCAAGAAGAGGUCCAGGAAGUGCUUCAAGAAGCAGAGAAGACACAUCAGGCCACGCUUGGAAAUGUGAUGGAUAAACUGAUUGACACUGAGGGGGAGCUGCUGUCCAUAGCGAAACAACUACGCAUUAUGACAAAUUGGAAAGAUUUCCUGGAGGAGGAAUUACAGGAAACAAGGGAAGCAUUUCAAAAAUAUAUCAAUUAUACGUUUCCUAAGCUUUCUCCAGGACAUGCAGAUUUUAUUCUGCCAGAAAGAAAGAAAACACCUUCCAGUCUUGUUAUUCAGGAGAAAGAAACAACUCUCGAUUAG